UUUGUGGGGGAUGGCGAUAGGAAGGAGAGGCGCAUCCGAACGCGAAUAAUCGAUUGAACCCAGCGGCUGGCACCGCACUCUUCACCAUGGCCGACCUCGAGCGGACAGUCCUUGACUUUUACCAAAUCUCGACACUCAACCCCGUCCAAUGGCCGACAGAGAAGGAUAACGAAAGCGAUGCGUCUGGCGAUGAAUCGGUCAAGAAGAAGGCCAACAGGAGGAAGUCGAGAUACCAAGCUCUGGAGAGGGCUGUGAGCACAAGAAGCAGCAUCGUACCGGGAUCUGAGAAUUCGGGUAGCGGCGUGAGCAACUUGGUGCAGAAGGACGAGCCCGACCCCCUAGGCACGACCGAGAGCGUGGUGCGGACGCUAAAACACCUGGGGGUUCCGCUGCAGGAUGACUUGCGGCUUCGCAACCGGUUCCUCCUCUCCUCGACCACCUUCUCGCCUGCGCUGUUCCUCUCCCAGAUGCAUGCGACAGCCGACACGCAAUCCCUGAUAAGCGGCCUCGAUAUUCUUUCCAAGUCAAUCGAUCAGAAGUCGGCAUCCCUCAAGGUGCUGGUGGAAUCCAACUUUGAGCGCUUCGUCCGCGCCAAAGCAACCAUCGACAAUGUCUACAAGGAGAUGAAAUACCGCGGCGCAGAUCCUACACCACCACGUGCCAGGGCUCACUCUCGUCAUGCGAGUAGGAGUAGCUUUCGAAGUACCAGCGGCCCUCCGCCCCUCAUCAGCCCACACUCGCCGGCGACGGAUCCGCGCAAGAAAAAUGCGCUAAUAAAAGAGAGCGAGUACGGCGUGCUAGGGGUGAAAGCGCCGUUGCUGGACGUUUCGGCAAAAGCGGAGGAAGUCUGGGGCCCUGCUCUGGGAGGGAGAGAAAAAGAGGAGCAUCUCAAGACGGUUGCCUCCUCGCUCGACCAGUACAAGGAAUACGUGGAGACGAGCGCGGCAAUAGCGGAUUGCAUCAAGCGCAAGGACCACGAAACCCUGGUCGAGGAGUUCACAAAAGCAAGGAAGUUUGCGGACGAGGCAAAGCUGCUGGCCGAGGAGCUCAAAUCGUCUCAACCUACCGAUGACCAGUUGUACCGGGUUCUGUUGGCAGCACGCAUGUGGCAUGAUGUCGACGAGCAAAUCCAGGUUCUCAAACGAGACGUAUGGCGAAGGCUCAUAUCUCCUUACAACAUGGCCAAGGCGGAGACACCGGGGCAACGCGAGAACGACCAGCAUAUGGAGCUGAUUACGCUUCUCUUGGAGCUAGGGGUUGAGGACAAUCCUAUUUGGGUCUGGCUGCUGAGCCGCUACGAUUACCUGAAGAGCAAGAUCCAAUCCACGGCUGAGCGGUCCAAGGUGGAAAUUGAGAUCCUGCGACGGCGGCUGGCGAACGCCGAGAAGCCGAGUCCCGAGACGAUCGCAUCGCACAUGCGGACGCUAGGGCGACAAUCUAUCGAGAUGAUGUCGAAAACAUUUGACUCUUCCGACGUUAUCGAGCUCUGGGAGAUGAACAUCAGCUUUCUGAGUAAUCUCCUUUCACCCCAGGGUAUCCUGGGCGAGGUCCUCGAGUUUUGGCAGACGGUCCAGGGCUUCAUUGAGGGCAAGACGCAGAGGAGUAUGCCACUUGGGUACCAGGGGGAAUCUGAGAACCACCACAGGCUUUCCUUGCAAGGCACGACAGACCUUUCAAAGGGUACCGUGGAGUUGGUCAGUAUGAUACGCGACAACGUUCUUCUAUUUUUCGCCGGCCCGCCGCCCGAGGAUAUCUCUCUACUAUUUUCCCCAAUGCCGCCCCAAUCCCCGGGGACUCCGGCUGCCGCCUCUGUCUCUGGCUCUCUCACACCACGGGACCCCCGCUUCAACCUCGAUCCGAACAAUCCACCGCCCCCCUCACCGAAGAGAGGAGAGGCGUGGGAGAAGUUUGCGUUCUGGCCGCCGUGGUCAAACUCUCUGAGUGGCGUGCAUUUCUUGUCCAAGAUGCUGGCGCUCGUGGGGAGCGGGGCUUCAGAUAUGGCAUCCAUCACUCCGGUGGGCAACGGAGAUGUCGCUGAAGUAGAGCGGGUCAAGACGCUAGUUGGUGUUUCCAGGGAGAGGUGCGUUACCGCGCUCUGCGCGGCAUGGAACAGGGAUGCGGAGAACAUCAAGUACGUUGAGGACUGGAACCGGUCGCCAGACAGCAGGGACGUGACCAAGAUGCCGGCCAGCUUUGCCGCAUUCGAGGGCGCGCUUCUCAGCGGCAUGCAGAAGAUCCUCUACAUCUCCGAAGCCAUGUCAAGGCCAGGGGCUGGGGAUAUUGUCCUCCCUCCGCCGACGAAGCUGCUGCAGAUGGUGCGGAGCCAAUACGUGACCACUCUCUACAAGGCCCUUAGCGGGAUGGUCGAGAACGCCGAGCGGUUCCCUAAGAAGGCAGACGAUGAGUGGACAGUUGAGGUUGACGGGUACGCGCCAGUGAGCAACCCAACGAUCACCCAGCUCUCGGCAUCAACACUAGGCGGGGGUACGAUAGAUGCAGGCGAUAGAAAUGUCCGCAUGCUCCUAACCCUCAGCAACCUCCAAGCGCUGCGGUCCACCGUCGUCCCCUCCCUCAACACCCAGUUCGAGAACGCCUUCUCCGUCAAACUCACCGACGAGACCAAAACAAUCCGCGACGUGCUCAGCCAGAUCGACGCCCGCCUCUUCCAGUCCUACACGCGGCCCGCCAUCGACGCUCUGCGGCGCAUCAUCCGCGCCGGCGUCUCCGCCCCGGACUGGGCACCGCCGCCGGGCACCAAGCCCCGCUCCGUCCGGCCCUACGUCUACGAGGCGCUGCUCAACCUCGUCCUCGUGCACACGCAGGUGUCCACCACGGCGGCCUCGCUCACCAGCGAGGUGCUCUCCUACCUGCUCGAGCAGGGGUCGCGCGAGCUGCUGGACGCGUUCCGCGCCCGCGCGCGCUACGACCUCGAGGCGCUGAUGCAGGCGACGCUGGACGUCGAGUUCGUGGCGCAGACGCUGGGCCACUACACGACGGACCGGGCGUCGGAGCUGCAGAGCGCCGUCUACCAGGAGCUCGACGGCCGCACCGACAACGACGCCCGCGCCCGCCUGCAGGCCGAGCUGCCCGAGAUGCGCGCCGUGCUCAAGCGCCUGCGCGAGGCGAGCAAGGGGGAGUUUGCCUGCUUCCGGAAGCCCAAGCGGGCUGGCGCUGGGGGUGGGGGUGCGUCUUCCUCUGCGCCCGGGCCUGGCGCGCUGGAGAGGAGGGAUACGGGGGGUAGCGUGGGCAGUGAUCGGGAUAGGUGAUUCAGGUAGCUAGCCUCAGGCGGGUUACUUUGGUUUGGGUUCGUCAUUUUCAGGCUUCUAGCACGCUUCAUUUGAGGAGACUUUUGUGAUUUGUAAAGGAUUGUCGUUGGUAGUUUUCAGAAACCAGAAAUAAUCCGCUGGCGACCGCUCGGUUGUCCGAGUCCGCCGUGGGGUAUUUUAUCUAUCAUUUGAAAAGCAAAUCCAUUCUCUCCAGAGACCGUCCAGAGUGUCUUUUUUCCCGACAGUUUCUCAACCAACACUGCCCUCUCCGCUCAUCAACAAAACACGAGGGGGGCGCAUUAUAUCAUUAGUGAAGCCAUUGCUG